CGGUCGCCCAUUUCCUGCUUUGACAUGAUGUGUGCACAGAACAGAGAAGAGAAACUUCCUUCACUGUAGAGCUGAUCGUUUUUUUCCGACAGCCGAGAGCAGAGGGAGGACGCCUGUUGUCAAAUGCUGUGCACAUUUAUUUUAGAAUAAACCAGAGAGGAUAUAAAUCAUCAAGAGGAGCGAUGAGCCGUGGAUCCAGAUCCAGAGCCGAGUGCGUCCGCAGCUCGCUGCUGAGCCUCCAGGAGCACGAGGCGCUGGAGGAGCUGCUGGGCAGGAGGUGUUCUUCCAUGGCCACUGCGGUGGCACAGUUGUUCAUGGCUCUGCCUCACAGUCCGUCCGUGUGGAGCCUGCAGCACACCGGCGUGGUGUGUUUCAUCAAAGACAACCCUCAGCGCUCCUACUUCAUCCGGAUGUUUGACCUGAAGGCCGGACGGCAGGUUUGGGAGCAGGAGCUCUACAACCAACUGGUUUACUCGUCGCCUCAGUCGUACUUUCACACCUUUGCUGCAGAUGACUGUCAGGUGGGACUGAACUUUGCUGAGCCACAGGAAGCCGAGGCCUUUCAGACGGCCGUCGAGGGCAAAAUCAACCAGAGACACAACCGUCCAGAAAAGAAACUGCGCCCCCUGCCGCCCAGUGACAGAGGUUCCCUGCCUCGACUGCCACCAGAGAAAGCAGCGUCCGGCAGCCCCGGGUCUUAUCGCAUGGCCACCGUGGACAUCCAGAACCCAGACAUCCACUCGUCACGCUACCGCUCCACGCCCUCGCCCGCCGCCUCCUCGGCUCUGAGCAGCAAAGAGAAGAAGAAGGACAAGAAGAGCAAGAAGAAGGGGCCCAAGUUCUCCAAGGCCGACAUCGGAGCCCCCAGCGGGUUCAAGCACGUCUCUCACGUGGGAUGGGAUCCCAACAACCUGGACCCUGACCUGUGGCAGCUGCUCUCGCAGGCUGGGAUCAGCGAGGCCGAGAUGAGGGAUGAGAAGACGUCUCAGCUCAUCUACAACGUCAUCGAGCAGUCCGGGGGCAUGGAGGCCGUGAAGAGGGAGGUGAACAACGCAGCUCCUGGCGCUCGGCCUCCUCCGCCCAGCAGGGGGUCUCUGCCUCUGCCGCCGGGCUCCGGGGCCCCGACCCCUCCGCCCCCUCGAAGCCGCUCCGGCCCCCUGCCUCCCGUCCCAGGUCAGUCCCAGCGAGGGGCCCCGUCUGCUCAGCCAUCUUCAGCACGUGGAGGCGGGCCACCCCCACCCCCACCCGCCCCAACCACCAGAGGCGGUCCUCCACCGCCGCCGCCUCCUGCUCACUCCGCGCCCUCUCGGUUCCCAUCACCCACCUCAGUGCCGAUGUCCUGCCACAACGCGCCUCCUCCCCCGCCGCCGUCGAGCCAUCAGCGCUCCGCGGGUUUUCCUGUCCAGUCUACACCGAGCAGAGGAGGAGGAGGAGGAGGGCCUCCACCACCGCCGCCUCCUCCACCUCCUCCUCCUCUGACCUCUACUCCUUCAGAUUUCCCAGCAGCCCCUCUGGUGUCGGGAGGCCCGGCACCACCUGCCCCUCCGUCGUCUGGAGGAGGCGAAGGCAGAGGAGCUCUGCUGGAUCAGAUCCGACUCGGGAAGAAGCUCAAAAAUGUGACAGACAGCCCGGAUCAAGCUCCGCCUUCCUCUCCAGCGUCAGGCGAGGGCAUCGUGGGCGCUCUGAUGUCAGCCAUGCACAAGAGGAGUAAAGUCAUCCACUCCUCCGAUGAGAGCGAAGACGAGGGCGGAGACGAAGACGAUGACGACGACGAAUGGGACGAGUGAUGCAGAGGUCUUUUAAUAAGUACAACUGUGAUUUUAUGUUGUUAGAAACAGGAAUAUGACUUGUACACGAGCUGAUGGAAUAAACAUGUAAUUCAAUAUAAAGGACACAUUCAAGGGAA